GGGGUCGGGCCCGGAGCGGCGGCGCCGGAGCGGAGCGCGCGAGCUAUGAUGAGACAACUGAGGCACAGAGAGGCUGAGUCACUUGCCCAAGGUCACACAGCUGGGAAGUGGCUUACUGGUGAUCUGAACUGAGAUGUCGACCUACAAGCGGGCCACGCUGGACGAGGAGGACCUGGUGGACUCGCUCUCGGAGGGCGACGUGUACCCCAACGGCCUGCAGGUGAACUUCCGCAGCCCCCGGAGUGGCCAGAAGUGGUGGGCUGCGAGGACCCAGGUGGAGAAGCGGCUGGCGUUGCUGGUGGCACUUCUGGCGGCAGGACUGGUGGCCUGCUUGGCAGUGCUGGGCGUCCAGUACCAAACAAGAACCCCCCCGGUAUGCCUAAGCGAGGCCUGCAUCUCGGUGACCAGCUCCAUCUUGAGUUCCAUGGACCCCACAGUGGACCCCUGCCAGGACUUCUUCACUUACGCCUGUGGCGGCUGGAUCAAAGCCAACCCCGUUCCUGACGGCCACUCACGCUGGGGGACCUUCAGCAACCUCUGGGAGCACAACCAGGCCAUCAUCAAGCACCUUCUCGAGAACUCCACGGCUAGUGUGAGUGAGGCAGAAAGGAAGGCCCAAGUGUACUACCGGGCAUGUAUGAAUGAAACCAGGAUCGAGGAGCUCAAGGCCAGGCCCCUGAUGGAGCUGAUUGAGAAGCUCGGGGGCUGGAACAUCACAGGUCCCUGGGACAAGGACAACUUCCAGGACACCCUGCAGGUGGUCACCUCCCACUACCGCACCUCACCCUUCUUCUCCGUCUACGUCAGCGCCGACUCCAAGAAUUCCAACAGCAACGUGAUCCAGGUGGACCAGUCCGGCCUGGGCUUACCCUCAAGGGACUAUUACCUGAACAAAACCGAAAAUGAGAAGGUGCUGACAGGAUACUUGAACUACAUGGUCCAGCUGGGGAAGCUGCUGGGCGGAGGGGACGAGGACAACAUCCGGCCCCAGAUGCAACAGAUCCUGGACUUUGAGACAGCGCUGGCCAACAUCACCAUCCCCCAGGAGAAGCGCCGGGAUGAGGAGCUCAUCUACCACAAAGUCACGGCAGCCGAGCUGCAGGCCUUGGCCCCCGCCAUCAACUGGCUGCCCUUCCUCAACACCAUCUUCUACCCCGUGGAGAUCAAUGAAUCCGAGCCUAUUGUCAUCUAUGACAAGGAGUACCUUGGGCAGGUCUCCGCCCUCAUCAACACCACCGACAAGUGCCUGCUGAACAACUACAUGGUCUGGAACCUGGUGCGCAAGACAAGUUCCUUCCUCGAUCAGCGCUUUCAGGACGCCGAUGAGAAGUUCAUGGAAGUCAUGUACGGGACCAAGAAGACCUGUCUUCCUCGCUGGAAGUUUUGUGUGAGCGACACGGAAAACAACCUGGGCUUUGCCCUGGGCCCCAUGUUUGUCAAAGCGACCUUCGCCGAGGACAGCAAGAACAUAGCCAGUGAGAUAAUCCUGGAGAUCAAGAAGGCGUUUGAGGAGAGCCUGAGCACCCUGAAGUGGAUGGAUGAAGACACACGGAAGUCAGCCAAGGAAAAGGCGGAUGCAAUCUACAACAUGAUAGGCUACCCGAACUUUAUCAUGGACCCCAAGGAGCUGGACAAAGUGUUCAGCGAUUACACUGCAGUUCCAGACCUCUACUUCGAGAACGCCAUGCGGUUUUUCAACUUCUCAUGGAGGGUCACUGCUGACCAGCUCCGGAAAGCUCCCAACAGAGACCAGUGGAGCAUGACCCCGCCCAUGGUGAACGCUUACUACUCGCCCACCAAGAACGAGAUUGUGUUUCCGGCCGGGAUCCUGCAGGCCCCGUUCUACACCCGCUCCUCACCCAAGGCUCUAAACUUUGGUGGCAUCGGCGUCGUCGUGGGCCAUGAGCUGACUCACGCUUUUGACGAUCAAGGACGGGAGUAUGACAAGGACGGGAACCUUCGGCCCUGGUGGAAGAACUCUUCUGUGGAGGCUUUCAAGCAGCAGACGGAGUGCAUGGUGGAGCAAUACGGCAACUACAGCGUGAACGGAGAGCCGGUGAACGGCCGGCACACCCUCGGGGAGAACAUCGCCGACAACGGGGGCCUCAAGGCGGCCUAUCGGGCCUACCAGAACUGGGUGAAGAAAAACGGGGCUGAGCAGACGUUGCCCACCCUGGGUCUCACCAAUAACCAGCUCUUCUUCCUGGGGUUUGCACAGGUCUGGUGCUCCGUCCGCACGCCUGAGAGCUCCCACGAAGGGCUCAUCACCGAUCCCCACAGCCCCUCCCGCUUCCGGGUCAUUGGCUCUGUCUCCAACUCCAAGGAGUUCUCAGAACACUUCCAGUGCCCACCUGGCUCCCCCAUGAACCCUCAUCACAAGUGUGAAGUCUGGUGAGGAGCAGAGCACCAAGAGCCAAGACAGAGGAGGGGGUCGCUGAGGACAAGCCCCCCGGGGGGGGCCAACAAGGCUGCACCCUCCAUCCAGCGUCCAGGGCGUUGCCCAGCCCCCUUGGCCGCCUAGGGCCCCCUUCCCGGCACUGGAGGAUUUUCAGCUGGAACCGAGCCUGUGAUGUGGGUUCUCAACAUAAUCCAAGGUUUCAUCCCGUGAAGACCCUGUCACCCCAGGCACAUGUGCAUCAGCUCUAUCGGGCAUUUGGGUGUCAGGCUGGUUGCUCACCAGGCCUGGGCCCCCCACCAACAAGGGCAGUGGGACACAGGCCCCGCACACAUCCAGCGCCAGAUACACCACAAGUACCACUGUGUCAAAUGCUUUAAAGAUAUAUUUUUGGGGAAACUAUUUUUUAAACGUGGAAUACACUGGAAAUCUUCAGGGAAAUAAUGCAUUUAAAACACUUUUUUUUUUUUAAGGAAAGGAUUGGUAUAUUUAUUAUGUUCUGUUUUUCUAAAUAACCUGUGGACAAGGGAAGCCCCACUGAUUUACCGCCCUCUCUUCCUCCUCGCUGCAAGGCAGCGAGCCCCAGCCGCUGAGCAGGUCCCCAAGCAGAGAGCUGCCUCAGCCCUGGUCACCUGGUUCUGCGGUCACCUGAUACAGAGAGGAGAGGCCCAGCUCCUCAGCGUGCCUGCCUCUGUCCCCAGAAUCCAGUAGUGGGAACCUCAGCAAGGAAGGUCUGAUCCCCAAGGUCUCCACCGGGGACUGAUGGCUGCGGCAGAAUGAGGCCAGGUCAGGGCCCUCAAACCCAGUCUGGGGCGCCCGAGCACCCUGGCUCCGGACCACGGGAGCCCCGCGAGGCUGAGACACCCUCCCACACACACACACACACAGUCUGCGGUGCCAGAGGUGUCCUCUUUCCGUCCCCCUUCUUUUGGCUACCCCAUGUCUAUCCCGGGGGCUGUCCCCUCUCUACAGCAAUCCCCCCAUCCCAGCCACUUCAGGGUCUCCCUUGCCAACCCUCUCCCCAGAGGAAAGAGAAAAGAGAAAACGGCUGUCUUCUCCCACACGGCCCAAAUCUGCCCUCUGGUCUCUGUCCUCGACCACCCAGCCUGGGCCUGGCUCCUGGGACCGCAGCCAGCCCACCCUCCGUUUUCUAGUGCCUUAUGUGAAGCUGUGGCCCUGGGCUCCACCCCAAGGAGACAGCGCCCCUGCCCACGGGCCCCUUGGCCUCCUCAGUGAAGCCUCCCAGUGUCCUGACUGGAACACAAGGCCAUACCCCCUGCUCCCAGUGCCCACAGAGCUGCCUCUCACAGCAGCCCAGGAGCUCUGGCCCGCAGGUCAGUGGCACCAAGGUCAGGAAUCUGAGGAACCCUGAACCUGCCCUGGUCUCCAACCUACUCUCAGCCCCUUGGGUUGAAUUAAGACAACUUGUAGCUAGAUGGAGUCCUCCUCUUGGGGGAUGCUUUUAGCCAUGCGAGGCUGUGAGGAGAAGUUUCCCCCAACCUGAUCAGUCUGGCCUGUGGUGUCUGGAGACCAGCAGUGUCGUGCCCUCCCUGAGACCACAGGUCAGGAGCUCCCCCAAGUGGAGCUAACUGUCGCCCCGCUCUGGUCCUCUGGGGCAGGCAGGCACCUGUGACUGAGGCAGGAGCAACCAGUGUCCACCACGGCUCUCCCGUCUUGACAGCUCAGGCCACCUGGCCAGGCCCCACUCCACAGUGCACUUGCCUCGCCUGGGAAGCCAGAAUCCUCCUUGCCCAAGAGGAGCAGGCAGCUCAGCCACUGCCUCGCCCACUUCAGAUCAGUCCCAGAGCUGGGGCAGGGGUGUUGGGAGUGGGCUCCAGAGGAGGCUCCUGGUGCCCGCAAGGAGCAGGCCUGGUAGCUCUUCAGAGGAAAGGUAGGCCCAGAGCCAGAGAAGGAGCUAGAAUCAGGAGCCCGCUGCACACACCUUGCCACAUAGAGGUAGGCUGUCCCAGUCCUGGACCCUCCUUGGGCCUGCUCUCCCCCCACCCUCCUGCUUCUCAGCCUUCCCUGUGGAGGGUCACAGUCCUCGAGAGUGUCCGUCUGCUCCAUGGACUGGGGCCUCCCAGCCGGAAGCAAGUGUCCUAGGGCUGAGGGUCCAGCCAGAGGGAAUGUAGGCUGCACUCCUUGCUUCAGGGUGUGCUAGGAGUGGGGGGGCGGGAGAGGAAGGCUCAGGCCCAGCAGGGAUGGGAGCAAAGGAAACACCCCCACUGCCCCCAUCCCUGCCCUUCCAGAGCUUCGAAAAAGGCUGAGGAGAUGGGCAGCUGCCUUCCAAGAGACCCCUCCCCUUAGGCCCAGGGAGCCAUAGGGCUGUCUUCUCUGCGGGUCCAUGAAUGUGGGGUUUGGAGCUGGGAAUCUAUUUUUUGUACUAUUAUGUUCUGUGCUACUGUAGUUUUGGUGUGGCACUAUUGUAAUUGAAAUAAAGUACUUGUACCGAG